UUCAAUGAAAGAGGAAGUAAAGGUGCUGCACUCUACAUGCCUGAACUUUGAAGUGUAUGAGGCUGACGCAGGUAAGGUUAGUUCUAUUCCUGCAGUUGUUCCAAACGCAUCAAACGUAGAGAAGCUUGACCACCGGUUGUAACGCAUUUACGUCACAAAGAACACUUCAAAUUUUUAACAAAAUGCCGAAAUCAGCAACCGAAAAAAGGAGGGGCGUUGGCAAAAAACGCGUUAAGGACCCAAACGCGCCAAAACGACCAUUGUCGGCAUUCUUUUGGUUCUGCAAAGAUGAGCGUGCGGAAGUAAAGUCAAAAAAUCCCUCAUAUACAGUAGGAGAUAUUGCAAAAGCCUUAGGCAAAAAAUGGGCAGAUUGCAGUGCUGAAGAUAAAUCCAAAUACGCUGAGAUGGCAGAACAAGAUAAAGAUCGAUAUGACAAGGAAAUGUUUAACUACAGAAAAGGACAGGAGGGUUCAGAAAAUGAAGGAGACUAAAUAAAGGAUAACUGAGGAUGGCAAACGCGCGUCAAAAUCUCUUCUAUCACUCCAUGUUUUAGAUCCCGAAGCACACCUCAUCAACUGUACAUACCAUUUGUCUUAUUGUUAGCGUAAACGCACUUGCAGUUACAUCACUAGUUCAAGUAACGAAGUAACUAACCAUAACUUACCGUUCAUUUACAGUACAGUAACUAAGUAAAAUAACUAUUACUUUUAAAAAAGCUAUUGUGUGUAUGAGUGAAUUGUGAGGCACGACUAGCAUGAAUGGAUUUUGUAUUUUUAACCUAUUAAUAGUAAAAAAAAAGAAAAAAAAAAAAUGAAUAAUGUAAAAUUGAGUAGAAUAUAAGGGAUUCCUUGUACAGUUUGUUUGCCCAGAUAUUAUAAUUAGGGCAUUGGUUUGCUUCGAGCGAUUUUUAUUCGGUGCGGAUAUCGCAACCGCGUACCUGAUGUAAGUAUUAGUCUAUUAGGAAAAUGUCUGGCGCUGCGUUUCUCCUUCGUUAUUCUGUUCUAUUUCUUUCCAUUGUAAGGCCUUGAUCUCGAAUCUUUAGGCUUGAGAUGGUACGUUUUUGAUUUAGUUCAGUAUAUAUUUUUUAAUUAUCCUUUUUGCGAUUUUAAGUGAUUGGCUUGAAGUAAAUUCAAAUUGUAAUUAGGAAAAAAAAAAAAAUAAUAAUUAACAACAAAUCUCGAAAUUUUUGUUUAUGAGAUUUUGCGUAUAUGACUAUAAUAAUGAUAGUUUUCGUGAUUUUCUUUUUUUCAUUAAUUUGGAAGGAAAAAAAAACAAAGAAUUGUAAAAUCGCGAUUUUUCAAGUCAAUGAAAGGAUUGUUAAGGAAAUUUUUGAAAAAAUUUUACUUCGGGGAUAAAUGAAUUUGUGUUUAUAGAAUUAACUCCUCGCCAUUCUCUGUCUCUUUAUUAGUAGUUUUUUUGUCCAAUAAAAGGUAACUUAUCUGUAUAACAAAA